AUCUAACGACUGGCAUUCCUGCUUGUUCCUGCUGGUACGAAACCAGAGCUAUCGUGUAAGCGCGGAAAGUUCUCGGUUUUGUUUGGUAGAAGUGCGGAAGUGCGCGUCCCGUGUGAAUUCCGUGAUCUCGCUAGCAUCCCUUAUUAUGGCGCGAGCAUGCUAUGUGAAAUGAUAGACGAAGGAUUGCGUACGCUGCUCACCGGCCAGGCAUUUCAACGUACGUGCUAACCGUGUGCGUUGGCACGUAGAGCGGUCAACCUCCUCCCGCAUAAGACUCUUGGCUGUGCCGCUGCUGGUGGAUUCCACUCGCUUAUCUGGCUGCUCCCGCGGCUCGCAGUAAAUAGAAAGAAUAAUUACUUCGGUGGAAAAUGAGCGCAUCUGCCCUAAAAUCGACAAUACCCGGGGUAGGUACGUCGCCGACUUCUACUAGCCAUUCGAUGUUGCCUAUGAACGCCAUGGCGCAGAAAGUUGCCGGAUCGGAUAGCGGGUCCAUGAAGCCCUUGUCAGGAAGUGGACUCAGCUACGUCACUCUGCAACCACCAAGUCAACCACUCAGUCUUGUACAAGAUCACAGACCCUCUGUGUAUCAGGCUCCAUCUUACAUAGGCAGUAGCAUGGAGAAGGAGCCAGAAACUGAAAAACUAAUACCGAAUGGUGUUGAAGUGGCAAAAACAGAAACUGAGGAAGAUGUGCCUGCUGCUGUAAAGCAAACCGAUUCCAAUAGAAAUAACAACUUGAGCCCUGAGAAUCCUGCCCCUGAGCAACCAUGUGAAAUUCAUCCUGAACAGGAGCUCACAUCGUUAACUUUGGACUUUCCUGCUCUGUGCACACAAGUGCAAACACAAGCACAAAAUAAAGUUGAGGAAAAGAAGACUCCUGUAAAUAAUGGAUCGAAGGAAUCAGACGGUAAAGCUGUUAAUACUCCUCCUGUACAUAUGAAACCAUCUCCACACAAGCCUGAAGACACACAAGUUAAAAAUGAAGUCCCAAAGGCAAAACCUGUCACCAAUCAGAGUAUAAAAGCACCCAGCGACAAUGCUGCUGUGCCACCAGCCAGCACAAUAAAGCCUGAAAUAAAGGUUGCUACUUCUCUAAAGACAAAUAAGCGAAAAUCCAGAGAAUUGAAGGACUUGAAAGGAGCCUCUACGGUUGCCGAUGGGGCAAGUAAACCUAAAAGGAAUCGAGUUCAAACGCGUCUCUAUCAGAGCCCGCUACCAGACAUCGCAUUGUUGGUCAAAAACCUCAACAAGACUCCAGGUCCUAAAGCUACCGACGAUAAACUAAUUGUGUUCUAUAAAAACGAAUUUUUGGCUGUGAGAAAUGCUGAGGGAAGCUUCUACGUUUGUCAAGCGGUGCAAAAUAUCUAUAAAUCGAGCAGACGUGUCCGUAUACGUUGGCUGUCUCAAGACAAGAAUAAUGGAGAAAUCUAUUCACCAGAUUUCUAUGAUUUUACAGAUUUUGAUUGCAUACUGACGAACCUGAAUCUAAACAAAAUCGACAAGAAUAAAUUCCAGUUAACCAAAAUAGAAUUAUUGCGUACUGAGAAUAUUUUGAAACGGGCCAUCGAUGUGGAAGCUGGGGUAUCAGAAGCACCUCGAGUUACGGAGGAACAUCCCGAUGGUUUGGACCUAUCGCUGUAUAAAGACGAGUCACAGCUGAAAAGAAGAAAAGGCGUGCACAAGGAGAAGACGAAUCAACGAAAGAAAACUAAACGAGCCGCGAGUUCUUCGGAGGACGACGGAGACGAGGAGCAGUCGGAAAAGAAAUCGUCCAAGGCGAGCCGUGCGAAGAAACGACCGGCCAAUAAAAGGACGACGACCGCUAAAUCCGUCGCAAAAAGCAGUAGCAGGGCGGAGAGAGCGCUAAACAGAAGCACGAAAUCACAAAGUGAUGGCAACGACGUAGCUACUACUGCCACUACUGCUUCUACUGUAGCUACUACUACCACCACUACUUCCGUCGCUACCGGUGCCGCCGCCACUACUGUCACCGCUGCUGCAGGUGCUACUGCGAGUCCCGCCACUAAUGCUUCCGUCGCAGCGGAUACCAAGAAUAACACGGAAGUAAAAAAAUUCGAAAUGAAGAAGAACGGCAAACAGCAAAGUAACAAUACUGCUGGCGGAGUUCCAAGAACGAAACCCCGUGGUACUGCUCAAGCUGCACAGCAAGCCAGUAAAACGGCAGGUCGUCCGAAGCGCGUGACCGCCACCACCGGUGUUUUACCGACUGAGGAAGCAUCUUCGCGAAAGAAACCGCGCGGCCGAGCGUAAAACAUACCUAACGCAUAAUUGCUUUUUUAUGCUAUAGUUACAGACGAGUCUGUAUCGUAGGCAAUAUGUACGUGUGGUACACCUCUUGAAAAAUUACAAUCAAUUUAUUGUGUAAUAUAUACAUAUGUACGAUCUCAAGAUUCUUAAAUGUAUCAUGUGCCGCGAUAUAUUAUAGUCCAACGAUACGGGAUCAACGACUUGUAUCUCUAAUUCGUCAAGUCGCAUUUGAGAAAAAAAAAGAAGAUAAAAGAAAAAUAAAGAAAAUAGAAAUGACUCAGAGAGAGAAAGAGAGAGAGAUUAUAUAUGAGUGAUAUUGUGAUAUCAUACAAAAUUUGUACAUAUCGUCUACGUCUCAGACUCCAUCGGGAGAAGAAAGUUAUGAAAUGUGUGAGAAAAAACGGUACCUUGAGUUGAGUAAUAACUAUCUACAGGGUGUCACAUACUAAUGCACUCUUGCAAUAGUCUAUUUUUGAUGUUGUGAGUGAACCGUACGUGAUUCAGUUGGUUUUAAUGUACACUUUCCAUUGGAUAUAAUAGCUAUGUACAAAUAUAUAUGUCUGGGAGGGGGUUGGGGAUUAUAUGUAUUCUGUAAAAGAAACAGUGGGAAAGGGAGGGAGGGAGGGAGGGAAGGAGGAAGUAAGUAGGAUUAUAAAAAAGAGGAAAGAACAUAGUACUGACAGGAAUUUAAACAAAAAUAUAUAAAAUUGGAAACAAUCCCGAUUGUUGCCGAGUUUAACCCGAUCGACCGGCAAAGGAUCUCGAAGUACAAUACCUGUACAUUAUACUGAAUCCUUGCUGUUAAAAAGAAUAAAAAAAAAAGAGAGAGAGGAUAGCCCGUAAAAUGGUCCAGCGCCUAGUAGGGACAGGCAGAGUAAAGAAGUGCCCAGAAUUGUCUCCUUGUUGAGCCAAUGGAUUCGCGAGAAACUCGCAAGCAGAAAGUAGCAUGUUGCUUAUAGUUUGUUUUUUCAAUUUGCACUCGCGGGGACCCCGUCAUUGUAAAAUUACGGAGUUCGCGCUAAACAGAGAGUGGUGCCACGUUACGAUCUAGGUACAUAGACGUAAUUUUAAGAGAGGAUAAAUAAAGUUCUUGUUUGCAGUCGAUAGUAUACAAUUUUAAGUGUAUAAAUUUUGAUUUAUGUUCACGUGUUAACUUUAUUUUUCGUCCAAGGUUAAACAGACGAAAUGUAUAUUUAAUAAGCGAUAGACCGUUAUAAUUAAUAUUUUACCAAAUCUAAAUUCGUAUAUAUACAUAUACACACACACACACACACAUAUAUAUAUAUAUAUAUAUAUACACACAUAUACAUAUAUACAUAUAUAUUUUUUAAUGUAGUGCAUAUUUUAUACAUCCCGUUAGCGUAAUAUGUUUGUCGAAGAACGCAAGCUUAUGUCGAUGUUUUUCUUUUUUUUUUUUUUUUGUUCUUUAUCUAAAAUGAACUAUUAGUGAGCGUCGUUUGAUUGUAAUUGUGUAACAAGAACUCAUAUAUUCGUUCUUUUCUACACUAUGACGUCGCAUAGUAGAAAUAUGAGAAUCUUGCGAGGUAGAUAGGCAUUAUUUAUAAGAGGUCGACAGCUUCACGAGCGUGCGAGAGAGCGUGCUCGUAACGUUGUUGAUUGCGAAAGAGAAAAGAAAAAAAAGAACACGCCGAAUAAGUUUCCGACGAUUUCGUGUGGGGAUAUGUGUAAACGUAUUUUAUACAUCGGCCGUUAUAAGCAGCGCGACCACUAUUGCUACGCAAUAGGGAAUAUUCUUAUGGCACAUUCACUCACAAACACAUACACAUACAGUAUGCCGCUUCGUUUUUAAUCGGACAUGUGUACAUAUAUAGACAAAUUAGAUAAUCAAAAUUGUGCAUACGCGAGUGUGAGGAUUUCCGUAUGACGUUCCGAAUCGAUCACUAUCACGUCGAUUUGCUUAGCACGUAAUGCGACACCCGUAUUUUGUUUUUAAACAAGUAUAAGGGUAUCGCUGCACACAGGAACACGUAAGCAAUAAUGCUCGGGCGGAAAGGCGAAUCGCGGUCACUCGUACUUGAAGAUCGUUGACAGCAUAGACUUGUGUUGAUUUUAUUAAGAUUUUCGACCGCGACUAGCUUACCGCCGAAAGUUAUUACUAACUAAAAGCCUGCUGCUGCGCGAAUCCGGUUACUUGUCAUCUCUCUUUCUCUUCCUAUCUGUUUUUCUGUGUGCCACGAUAUGUGCCAAUGAGCCUCGACUCUCGAUGUACGUGUUUAUGUCGCGCGUUACAUCUCUCCAACGAUAACGUUGUGUUGAUACAUCGAAUGACGAGAGGGGAGGCAACACGCAGGUGACACGCAGGUGAUACCGCCGCGCGCCGUUCACGAAAGGGAAAGGAAGACAGAAUAGCGUAUAUCGACCUCUGUUCGGAAAAAGAGAAAGAAGAUAGGAUACACGUCGCAAUUGUCAUGCGCACAUUAUAUAUGACUAAGAUGAAUUUCAUUCUCUCGCGAUGAAACACACUGUAUUUGAAAUAUACGCAUACGAGGCAUACUGCGUAAAUUUAGUGGAGAAUUCUAAUAACGACACAUACACGCAUGCAACAUAUACACAUACACACAUCCACUCAGAGAAUACUGUUGUUUAUCUAGAUUGUUAUUACUCAAUUUCGCUUGAGAAAUAAUUACGCGAUCCAUUUUUUUCUACUGUACGGGGUGUUGCGUUCACAAGAUAUGGGCGGUUGUUAACAACGUGCAAUCGGUAAAUGCAAUUGUCGUAUAAUUGUCGGCGUGUAAGGCUAUAUGAUGAUGAUGGGCUUAUCGUUCGCUUACGCAGCUUCCGCAGAUUCGUUCCCCAUCUUGAUUUCCCCUCUUUUCUAAUCACUUUUUCAAGCUCGGACGGGACGUAGUUCGAAUUGUUGAAACGUUGUGCGAGAUACGCAUUCUUUCGCUCAUGAUCGCGGCUCAAUAUCGAAGAUUCACUUUUCAUACAAACGAACGAGCGAGAGAGAUUUUCUUCGUGGAUUCAAUGCACACAUCCGACUCAUUUUUCUCAGGAACUCGCGCAACUCUCCAUCUUUUAAAUCGAACAGCGAGUGUCAGAUAGAUAAACAACAAGGCAAGAACCGAGCAGUGACCUUGCGUGAUGAAAUGACACUACGUCGAACAAAAAUAUUGACAAAAGUAGACGUUUCCAUCCUGCUGUUUAAACCUUUUCUUCGCAAUGGUACAGAGAAACAUUUUCGUUCCUCUCAUUUACUCCCGUAAAUAUAUAUUUACAUCUAAUGUAAUAUAUUAUUUCAAGGGAUCUGUUUUCUGUUCCUGCACUGCUAAACUGGUGCAGUAAGUUAGAGUGAGACAAGUAUAUUUUUUCUCGCUCUAACUUAUUGCACCAGUUCAGCAGUGCAGGAACGAAAAACAAACCUAAGAUCUCUCGGUGCUCGCGCGGCCCUCACUUGCCUCUAAUCAACUUUCCGAUUGUACAUCUUUGAGAGCCUUUAUACAUUUAUUCAAACAGUGAGAGAAAACGUAUCUGAGACGUGCACGCGUUUACAAUGUUGCGGGGCACGUGUAAGAAAAAAAAAGAAAAACAAAGAGGAAAGAAGAAAUGCCGAGAUGUGUUUGCGUUGUAAUGGAGCAAUGGGAGCGGUUUUCAACUCGCGUAACGAUUAAGUGUCUUAACAUUAGCUCUUAUUAGGUGUAAGCGCUUCGGAUGCUGGUUUACUAAAAGUAAUCAAAUAAACUAACUGUACGAUGUAUAUAUCCGUUGACAUAUAUCGGCCGUGGUAUAUGUAGUAGCACUGUAAGCGAUCAUCAUCUCUUUUUCUCUCUGUCGCACUCUGUUCUUACGUUGCGCGACUUUUCUCUCCCUCUCUCAGGCUUCUCACAGCAGCGAUUCCGAGUACAACGUGUACAUAAUUUUCGAUCGGGUGCCCGACAUCAAGAAAGACACGAAAGAAAGAAAGAAAGAACGGGCGGACGGGCACUUUGCACGAUUCUUCAAAGUGAAACAAUCGAUCCUGUUUCUUUCCCCCCCGCUCGAUCGCGGUAAUAGAAUUUUUAGAUAAGUAUAUAAGUAUACACACACACGUACACACACCCGCGCGAUUUCGCCCGCGAUUUAGUUUAAGCAAGAAAGAAAAGAAACGACACGCAGCUUUCUUACGCGCGGCUCACACCGAACUUUGAUCAACUUCGGUUUGCGAUUCAUUGACGAAAGCGCAGAAUCGUAUUAUGAACCCUUUCAUGCGCGAAUUUGAUGCAAAAAAAAAAGAAAACAGGUAAGGAACACCCUAUUCUUACGUUGCGCGUUACGACCAAAACGUAAACGAGAUCUUAUUUAGUAAGUCAUUUACGAUUACAAUAGAAUUAUGAUUAAAUCUUUUAUAAUUACACAGUUGUAGGGGAUACGACGUUCACUGAGAUGUGAGCUUGAGACAUUUAUUGUAGGGCUAUAAGAGAGGCCAAAAGUAGAUAUUUACCGCAAUAAACACGAUGCAUGAUAGGGUUAAUAAUAAUACUUUUCACGGUGCCGCGAGAAGGACGGCGCCGUUGAAAUUGUGGAAACAACAAGUAAUCGAUACGCUAUUAAUCAUUAUUUUGUGCGUCAUAAUGCGUUUUGUACCCGGUCUGACCGAGUCGGCGAGAACCGGGCACGAUUUAGUGCGUUCUCCUGCUAUCCUAAGUGGCAACAACUUCAUAUACUUGUAAAAAAAAAGAAACGUCCUCCCCGUGUGGAGUUUCUCUAUCAUUUCGAACGAAAGUUGUUUUAUCUUGUAGGAUAAUAUCGUAAGGAUAAGAGAUAAGCAUUUCUUUCAAUCUAUCCGAUUUCGGACUAGAGGGUGAGACAUUACUUCUCGCGCUGUUCACGCUCUCGAUGGUAAAUCGAAAAAUAACGGAGAUACACAAAAGUGUUUUGUACAAAGGUCUUUUGGUUAUGUAUGUAUAAUAAAGUGACGUCCAGAAAUA